UGGUUUCUUUCCGCCCUCUUUUUCUUACCGUUUCAUAAAAGGUUAGAAAAUAUUGGCUAAGAGCAGACAUGGAGGAGUUGAGCGCUGUAGGAGAACAGGUUUUUGACGCCGAAUGCAUUCUCAAUAAACGUCUGAAGAAGGGAAAGUUGGAGUAUCUUGUGAAGUGGCGAGGAUGGUCCUCCAAGCACAACAGUUGGGAGCCCCAGGAGAAUCUCUUGGACCCACGGCUAUUGGCUGCCUUCCACAAGAGGGAACAGGAAAAGGAACUUCUGUUCCGCAAGCGGGGGAAGAGGCCAAGAGGGAGACCGCGGAAAAUUGUGGAAACCGUUCCAGCAACUACAAAAAUGAGCAGCUCCUCUUCUUCCUCCUCCUCGUCUUCUUCGUCUGGCUCCUCCUCAUCCUCCUCUUCGUCGUCCUCCUCUUCCUCGGAGGAGGAGGAAGAGGAGGAGGGGGGCGGCGAUCGGAAGGCCAAGCCGGUCCCCCGGCCUCGUGAGCUGCACCCGGUCCCGCAGAAGAAGGCCCAGAUCGUGGUGGCCAAGCAGGAGCCGGUGAGGAAGAAGAGGGGCAGGAAGGCCCUGCCGCCGGAGCUGAAGGUGCUGAGGCAGCCCAAGGGCCCCCGCAGGCUCGCCCCCAAAGAGCCCCCCCCGGCGGAGCCCAAGGGGGGGGUGAAGAAGCCGCUGCAGCCGGCCAGCUUCACCUACACGGGGCUGGGCCGCAGCGCGGGGCGGGACGGCCUGGGGGGGCAGAACAGGGGCGCCUUCUCGCUGGGGGGCGCCCUCCGGGGCUCCCUCUCUGUGGCCGGCUCCGGCCGCUCCCCCACCCCCGCCCCCCCCCUCGGCCGGCCCGCUCAGGGCAGGGGCGCCCCGGACUUCAAACUUUCCGUCUCCGAUGUCGGGGGGGGCGGGGGCCUGGACCUGAAAAUGGCCGCUACCAAAUCCCCGGGCGUGGCAGCGCUCAACCUGCACAGCGCCAAAGCGCCCCCGCCAGCCGGGGGUCCCGCCAACGGGCAGAGGAGGCAGGACGUCCCGGGACAGGCGCCGGCGUCGCAGCGGGCCGGCGGUGGCAAGCCGACGGGGACGGCGCUCUCGCCGCUGAAAGGCAGCUCCAGCCAGGCCCUCAGCCUGCAGGCCCUGAACCUGCAGAGCGUCAGCAAGCCCGCCCCCGGCCCCACCCCCGCCUCCCCCCCGGGGUCCAACCUGCGCAGCGCCGCCGCUCUGGGACGGAAGGCCGCCGGGGUCGGCCCGCGACAGGCGCAAAGGCCGCCCCCGUCCGGCGGCCCGCCGUCCCGGAAAGGCCCGGGGGGCGGGGAGCGCGGGGCCGAGGAGGCGGGGGAGCCGGGGGUGGGGGGGGACCGGCCGGCCAAGGGCCCGGGGGGGAGGGCGGACCGGAGCGGCGCGCAGAACAACGGCUCCUCCGCCGAGGGCGGGGCCCCCAAGGCGGGGCGGGAGCGCGCGUCCUCCAAAGACGGGGGCAAGCAGGGCAUGAGCGCCGGCGAGGAGGCGUCCAGCUCGGACUCGGACCGCGACUCGCCCUUCCCCCCCAACGCCGCCGCCGCCAGCGCCGCCGCCCAGGACUGGAAGCCCCCCCGCAGCCUGAUCGAGCACGUCUUCGUCACGGACGUCACCGCCAACCUCGUCACCGUCACCGUCAAGGAGUCCCCGACCAGCGUGGGCUUCUUCAACGUGCGGCAUUACUGAGCGCUGCGGGGGGGGGCGGGGCGGGGCCGGCGCGGUCGCCGCGGGAACCUUUGAGGAUGUAGAUCAGCUGGUUUCAGGGACAACGCGGAGGGGCUCAGCAGCGGUGCUAAUUUCUCUGCUUCUCCUCAGAGUUGGCCUCUAUUCUGUAGAGACUCUGUUCUGUUGGUCUCUAUUCAGUAGAGACUCCAUUCUGUUGGUCUCUAUUCUGUGGACUUUGACUCCUCAGUCUUUCAUCUCAGAAAAGACAGCUCCUCCUCUUUUUUUUCUCCUUUUUUUUUGUACUUGCAGGUCAAACGGAGAAGUGAAUUUUACUCUGGACUUUCAUGGUUUUUAAGUCUGUCUGUACAGGGAUGGGUUUCACGUCACAGCAGCACAAGGGAAAGACUGGGUCAUCGGCUGCUGGAGGAUUCACUCUCAGAACUAUCACUACUGCUGUGGCUGUGACUCGGGUCACUGGGGGGGGGGGGGCGGGCAGAGACAGGGGCGAAAUGCAGGUGAUGCAUUUUCAGUUUAACGCGGUUUGUACCAGAGUUGUACGGGCAAACAUCCAAGCUGACAUGUAUAUUUUUUAGAUAGUUACCUCAUUCCUAAGUAGCCCAGUUAUAGACUUCUACUGAGCUCACUUCUCAGUAGUUCCUUACGGUGCGUAGAGGAGAACCUGAAACUUUGCAGAGUCCAAAGAAUGUUCCGGAAUAUUUACUUUUAUCGGUGCACAAUUAUUUUUAAAAACAAACACAAACCACUUUUCUGAGUAUCAGAACAAUAGGUAAAGCCAUGUAAUGUGAAAUAACUGCCAACUGCCAUCUCAGUUUUUAGGAUUAAAACUUAUUUGGUAAUGCUGAUUAUUGUUCAUCUUAAUUUAUUAGCAGGUUCAUCUGAAUCAAAAACCAGCGUUUACAGAUUUCUGCAUCCAGCCGACUUCCACAGCUUCUGCCCGUUUGUUGAAAGGUAGCUCGUUGGUCGUAGUCAGACUAAUUAUCGUGUUUCCAUUUUCGUGCUUGGAGGCCACAUUUCAGCACCUCGGGUGAAUUCUCUCCUCUGCCUGUUGCGUUUACUCUUUUGUGAGAGUAUUAGCUAGCUGGCUAGUUGUGUGGUAGCUGCAUUCCCCUAUUUUUCUGAAUAUCUGAAUGUUAGGUUGACUUGCCGGCAAGCAAGUUGUUUUUAACCCUGGGACAGGGAGCCUGGUUUCAGGACACAAAGCUCUUUGUGAAACCAUCACAGAGUCUUUGGUCUGUUUCUUCCCCUCCCCUCUGGCCACAGUGUGUGGAGAGUUAACACCGCAGCUCUAAAUGUGCUCAUCUGCCUGCAGCUCAACCUGAAGCCCAGCCUUCAAUGUGGACGAUCUCUCCACUGUUUCCUGAAAUGAUUUUGUACCAUUUUAUACAAUGUAUGAUUUUACCAUGAUAUUAUUAUUAUUAUUAUUGUUGUUGUUAUUAUUAGAAUCUGUAGAUGAUUUCUCUGAAGGUGUCACAUUUUAUUUUAUACGAUUCUGUACACGGCAGUGUCUUUGUCCAGGUUCAUGAAGAUGGUUUUAAUCUUCUCAUCUGAAGCUUUCUGUGAAGACGGACUGACCUAAGGGGCAGAACCUGUGUUUUUAAACUGUAAAGCAGUUUCGGAAAAUGUCCCUUUGCGGUCUGCUUCUGAUAAUAUGAAGGUGAAAGGAAACGGGAGGUAAGGUUGGCGGUGGCUUGAAUGACGGGUAGCUGCUGUCCCCUGGGAUGGGGGGGAAGAAGCAGGGGAGAAACGCCAGCUGCGUGCUGAUUGGGUGGGUGAGUCUCUUGCUGAUUGGGCGGGUGAUUAGGAUAUUUGGAUACUGUGCCUACAGUAUAGUAUUUUGAUGAAACAGCGUCACUUGUGCAGAUGAUAAAUUAUAGCUUAUACAGAAAAGGUCAGCUGAUCAAUGAUACCAAAAAAUGUGGCGGUUGGUUCUCUCUCUCUCUCUCUCUCCCUCUCCCUCUCUCUCUCUCCACUGUCAUGGUAUUUACCGCAUGCUAAAUGUGGCUGAUGAAUAUCUGGAAGUAUUAGUCACAUACUGAGCGUUUGUUGAGUAACAAAAGCUCAGCCGGUUUAAAUGUUGAAGGAGUAGGCAAAGAGCCAAAUAUGUACAAUUACAUAUUUUUGUGGGUGAAAAUCGGCACGGCAACAUUCUCAGCUGUGGUCAGGACUGCAGCAGAUCUGUUGAGCGUUGGCUGUGAUUCUACGGGCUAUAACAGAGAUAUUACGAUGUUACGACCUGUUUGUUUUACUCUCGGCUCAUUUUUGGGGUUUUCUUUGUUUUUUAACUUCAGCUCUGAUGAUGUGUGUCUGUGCCCAAACGUUCCAAACCUGUUUCUGUGACACACCGGAUCUGUCGUGCAGGUGUUCCCUGGCAGGGAGGCCCGUAGGGUGAUCCACGGCUGGCCUUAGGUCUGGAAAAGGAAAGAGGGUUUCAGUCCACAGAGUAACUCCCCACCUCACCGUGCAACAGCGCCCCCUCUGUCGCGGUGCUGAACUGCAGCCGGUCUGGCAGUCCUCCCGCGCGGCUCUGUGGGAGGACCGGGGGGGGUUUAGCGUGGUGGUGCGGUGAGUCGCGCGCGAGAAGUCUGCGCUCAGCCGGAGCGACGGACUGCAGCCGCCAUCCGCUGCUCCAAAUCCUGAGAGAUUAUUUUUAAUAAUUAAAAGAGAGAAUGCAGGGUGUGGACUGGCUGACACGGAGAGGGGGCGGGGCUUACGGCAGGCUCACUCCUCGUGUGACGGACAGCUCGGCGGCUGACGCCCGUCAGCCGAGGCACUGACGUUAAUCGGGAGGUGCCGAUGGCGGUAAUCGGUACCGCCAUGCUGGGGAUUUGGCGAAAGGCCCGGCCCUUCGGCGGGGCGAGGGCGGGCCUGUUCUGGCACGCAGAGGCGCGGCGAGGUUGUGUCGGGAGCUAGCGCAGUUUGAGCCGCUGGAGAGAACAUGGCGGCUGUUGGGCACAUGAGGAUUAAAACGGCAUCUUCCCCUCUUCGUCACCAGGGAAGUGAGUGAUGUCAUCAAAGAGCUCCUGAAUCUACAGACACAGGAAUUUUAUGCGAUUAACUGAGGGGGAAAUUUGUGCGGAGGAAAAUGCAUCAAAAGAAAAAAAAAAAAUCUGUCUUUGAAGUCUGUAAAUUUCUAUUGUGUUUAUGAAAGGUUUUUUUUUUUACCUCGCCACUUAUGAACAGUUGAGAUUCGUGAGAAUCUAAUUUGUGUUUAAAAAAUUUUUUUUUUUUAAAGCAUGAUAGAUUGACAAGCUGCAGUGAUGUUUUUCCCCCCGAGAAUCAGUGCGGUGUCGUCCAUGUUGAGCUGCCUGCACAGAAACGGCAUUAUGCUGCCUGCGUGUGUGUGCGACCCGGGCUGAAUGGGAACACGCCGCCUCUCACAGAAAGAAUGGAGCACUGUGAUGGAGUCGUGCUCAUCUGUGGCCUUUAAAUCGCUUUCAUUACAGGGGGACACUAGCCUUUGUUUUAAGAGACUGAGGAGAGAUGGAUUAAGAAUGAUACACUUACGGUCUAGCUGUCGUCAUAGUAAUCUCUGUUUUGCCACUUGCGUCUGUGAACCAGAGAAUGAACCUGCAGGAGAUCAGUGUUUGGUCCCUCUCUGUGCUGUUUGUUAGGUGUUCUAAGCCCGUUCUCUCCAAACGGGGCCACAAAUCCAUAACCACCCGGAGUCUUCACAAGUUCGUUUUAGCUGUGAGUCCAGAUCGACGGAAAACAGGGAAACGCCUUGUUUUUUAAAUGAAGUGAACUUUGGGAUGACAGACUGUGUUCUCUUGGCGCUGAUUUGUUAAUAAGAAAUGCAAUUGAUGGUGCAGGUGUAUUUGCUUCAUGCAAAAUUUCCAGUCCGUGACUUUUUUUUUUGUUAAACCAGAUUGUUUUUUUUUCUUUUCUCGUAGUCUGGAAUUCUAAAUUGUGUUUGCAGGUUAAUCCCCAAACUGUGGGAGAGGUUUUAUUUUACAGCGCUGUGGUUUGAGUCUGCUUAACUGUGCUGCUGGAAAUCUGCGCCUGUGUUGACCUGGACUGCUCUUAUGUGCCCAGAGCCUGGGAACUGCUCUGCGUAAAACCCGGAACCCUCCCAAAUCUGGAACAUGGACUGAAGUUAGAAGAGCUGUUCUGGGUUUUACGCAGUGCAGGUAUCCGGCUAACUCAGUAAUCCUGCUCUGUGAUACAGGGUUUUACUCAGUGCAGUUAUCCAGCUAACUCCCUGAUCCUGCUUUGUGAAACACCCCCCUGAGGUUCAGAAUCGGAGGGAUUUAUUUAAGUUACUCCGGGGGGGUUUAUCUUUCAGCAAUUUAAUUUAGUCAAUUUUCUCUUUUCUUUUUUUUUUUUUUACUCAUUUCAAUGGCGGCCAAACUUGUGAUGAUGUAACACUGAUCACAAAUGUACUGCAUGUUUACAUUUUUUACUCAAGCGGAGGGAAACGGGCCUUAACAGUGUUAGACUGAACUGCUCUACACCAUUAGACUGAAAACCUAUAAUGACCAGCUAUUUAUUUAAAAUCUGAUUGUAGGAAUGUGAUUCAUAUCUUCUUUUUUAUUUUUAUUUUUAUUACCGUGCCAGGGUUAAUUUUUCUAAAUUAAUCUUAAUAAAUAACACUUUCAUAA